AUGGAUUUCUCGAAUUGCACUGUGGUGGAAAUGUAUGUGAAGAGCGGUUUCCUCAAGUCGCUUAUGAUUGUACAGAUCUUUUUGCUCAUUCGUUUCUUUUUCUUGAACACUUGUGAUGUGCCGAUAUCAGGGACAUUAUGUUAUUCAUUGAGAUUCAUCUCGAACAUCCCAAUGAACGGUCUUCCAUUUGUCAAUGCAGCGUUGACCAUUUUUCGUUUAUUAAUCUUUUUACUUCGUACUGAUUGUAAACGAAAGCAAAUGCAAUUGUUGAGGAUCUGUGAACUAUUGACGAUAUUAUGCUUUGUGCUCGAUUCGUCAUAUCGAUAUUGGGGCGUCGAAUUUCCGGAAAAAGUCGCUUAUUGUACUGGGAAUAUGCAGCAAUUGGCGGCAAAAUUGAAUCUCGAAUCUUAUAUUUCGCUGGGAAUGGAAGUAGUGACAAAUUUGAUUGGGAUUUGGCUAUUCAGGAAGCAUAAACAAGAUCUCUCGUGGGUAAAUCGUUGUCAGUUAAGAGUA